AAACGACCAACUUGGUAAUUAACCCAAUUUAAUAUUUAUCCACCAAUCAAAAGUUAGAAUUCUCAUGAAAGUUAGUGACUAUUGUGUGCCCAUUGUCGGAUACACCAUAGAAAAUUCGUAUGUUUACACCUCACUUGUUUAGCCCUUUGUUUGAAUUUUGAUGUACGUGAAUUUUGGCAAUGUUGCACCAAAUUUAUUGAGGAUAUCUUUAUUUCUGAAUAAGAUCUGAAAUUUGGUAACAAAAAUUUGCCAAUGGAUUUAUUUCUAUUACGGAAAAGAAUGAUCUUUAAUAUCUCCGUAACGCUAAUUUCCUGUAACAUUAAUUAUCUCCCUCUCUCUGUCACUAUAAAUAUUUAACAUUAAUUAUCUCCCUCUCUCUGUCACUAUAAAUAUUGUGGAUUUUCUCUUUGUUACACAUAUAAUUUCCCUGCAACGAUCAUUAACACAAUGGGGUUUUCUUCGAUUGUUUUACUAGGAUUUUUGAUCCUGGGAUUGCUUGGCGCGCGAGUGGUUGAAUGUGACAUAGUGUACCAGGCAAUCAAUUGUCGAAAGCAUAGCGCAGUCUUGACGGAUUUCGGAGCAAAAGGUGACGGCGUGACAUCAAACACCGCGGCCUUUCGGAACGCCACUGCUCAACUCAGUAAGUUUGGAUCGGAUGGCGGCGCAAUCCUCAUUGUGCCUCCAGGAAAAUGGCUCACCGGCAGUUUUAAUCUCACCAGCAAUUUCACUCUUUUUCUCCAGAAGGGAGCAGUUAUUCUUGGAUCCCAGGAUAUUUCGGAGUAUCCUCUGAUCGAACCAUUAAAAUCGUAUGGAAGAGGAAGAGAUGCUCCAGGGGGGAGGUACAUUAGUCUUGUCUUUGGCACAAACCUCACUGAUGUUGUCAUAACAGGGGAAAAUGGCACAAUCGAUGGCCAGGGUGCGUUCUGGUGGGAUAAAUUCCGCGCGAAAGAACUCAACUUCACCAGGCCUUAUUUGAUUGAGAUAAUGUACUCGAAUCAAGUCCAGAUUUCUAAUCUGACUCUGCUCAAUUCUCCCUCAUGGGUUGUCCAUCCAGUUUACAGCAGUGAUGUGAUAAUUCAAGGUUUAACCAUUAAGUCACCAGUUGACUCUCCUAAUACUGAUGGCAUUGAUCCAGAUUCUUGUACAAACAUGAAGAUAGAAGACUGUUUCAUAGUUUCUGGAGAUGACUGCAUUGCUGUGAAAAGUGGUUGGGAUGAAUAUGGGAUCACGGUGGGAAUGCCAACAAAGCAUCUCAUCAUUCGACGUCUCAGUUGCAUAUCCCCUGACAGUGCAGUGAUUGCUCUUGGCAGUGAGAUGUCCGGAGGCAUCCAAGACUUAAGAGCCGAAGAGAUCACUGCCUACAACUCUGAAUCAGGAGUGAGAAUCAAAUCAGCUCCAGGAAGAGGAGGUUAUGUCAAAGAUAUAUAUAUGAGACGCAUGACAUUUAUUACAAUGAAGUAUGUUUUCUGGAUGACGGGUGCUUAUGGAUCCCACCCAGAUGAGGGUUAUAAUCCGAAAGCACUUCCAGAAGUGAAAAACAUAAAUUUCAGUGACAUUAUUGCUGAAAAUGUCACAAUGACCGCGGAUCUUUCAGGAAUUAAAGGUGACCCGUACACUGGUAUUUGUGUUUCUGAUGCGAUUAUCAACCUAUCUCCGAAUCCAAAGAAGGUGCAAUGGAAUUGCACCGAUGUCAGUGGGAUUACAAGCAAUGUGGGUCGUCCGCCAUGUGAUUUGCUGCAUGAUAAGUCUAUAGAAUCAGGCUGUGAUUUCCCUAAUGAUGUACUGCCUAUUGACGAGGUUCAGCUGCAGACUUGUAAACUGGCUUCCCAACAAAUUAGCCACUAGAUUGGGAUGUGAAUUUUUGAGUUAAUAUAUUGUUUUGUACGCUAUGGUGCAACUUAAUUAUAUGACUUAUGGCAUAAAGUUCAGACAAAGAAACUGCAUGUCUAUGAAAGCAGAAUGCAGACACAUACAAAAAUUCACAAGUCUUUCAUGCUUAUAAACAAUCUUUUUUCACUUA